AUGCUGGCAAGCAUGACGCGCAUCGAGUUCCCGUUUGCGCAUGCAGAUCCUGAUGCUCUCUGUUCACUCCUCAUGUUGAGAAGCCUUCCCGCGUUGUUACAAGCAAGUGCCCGCGUUUACAUCCAAGCUCUUGAUGAAACAAACCAAGAGAUCCUCACGAUUCCCACCUCGCUCCCUUCGAUCCGCUCCCUUGUUGGCAAAGCCAUGCGCGAAGUCUCUGACCUCACCAUCCUCGGCAUUUCCGAGGCCGCGCCUACAGGAUCCGCCGUCUAUACAAUUAGCUCCGUAGCCGCAGUAUUCUUCGAUAUCAAGGGCCAUGUCGACAUCGAUGUCGAGAUUUCGCGCGCCAUGGCUAAGCUGCAGAAGGCAAUGGGGGCCGUCAACCACCAGAAGGUCAUGGCUGUUCCAGACUACCAGGACAAGGUGAGCGGUGCUGUCAAGGAAGGUGACAAGGAGAAGCUUCGGGUGGCAGAGACGGAAGUUGGCAACCUUCAGUACAGUAUCGAACAGUUCGAACAGUUGAACUAUAGUUUGGGGAUUUUGUGGUGA